AUGUUUUCUCUCCAGGUGGGUCUCCCCCUCAACGGCUUCAUCGUGAAGUUUUACUUCUGCCGAGCUCAGCAGACGGCGUCCAGCAGCAUCACGAUCUACCUGAAGAACUUGGCAGCCGCCGACUUCCUGCUCUGCCUCUGUCUCCCAAUCCGCAUCGCCAAGUACGCCAGCAACUCCCCCACCGUCCACUCCAUCAACUGCAACUUUGCCACCGCCGUCCUCUUCCUCAACAUUUACGCCAGCAUCAUGUUCAUGGGCUACAUCGCCGCUAACAGGUAUCUGAAGGUUGUUCGACCUUUAGGAACUCACAUCCUGCAGACGGUGCGGGCCGCUCAUAUUGUCUCCACUGCAACCUGGGUUUUCCUCCUGGCCGUGACGAACGCCUUCGUCAUCCUGUCGUUCCUCGGCCAGAGAUCUUUCGCCUCUGUCCUGGUGAGAUGCAAAGGCUCGAGCAACGGCCAGUUCAGCUCGCUGUACAAGAUCAUUCACACCUGCUCCACCGUCAUGUUCCUGUCUGUCCUCGUCUCCCUGGUCUUCUUCUACUACAGCACCGCCUGGCAGGUGUCGCUGGCGCAGCAGAGGCAGCCGGCAUCCUCCAGCUCCACGAAGCUUGCGAAGUCACGCAGGAACAUGUUAGUGCUGGUCAGCGUCUUCUGCUUUUGCUUUGUCCCCUACCACCUGGUUCUCCUUCCCAAAGCGUUCCGGUGGAGCUGCUCAUGGAGCAAGUUCCUCCACUACGCGACGGAGGUCACCAUCGUAAUGUCAGUUCUCAACGUCUGCCUGGACCCGAUCAUCUACUUCACCCUCAGCAAGAAGUUCAGGACCCGGAUUAGGCUGUUUGGAAACUGA